CUCGCUUCAAAAACUCAACUCUUGUGUCUUCCACUCGCAAGAAUAAUCUCCAAACCAAACCUUCAUCUGGUCAGUGCAGUAAACAAACUUUCACCAGUGUUUGAGGUUUGCACGAAAUUUGUGCUUUCCUUCGUGGACGAAAGCCUCAAAAGGAAGCCUGCAACUCCUCCCCUUUGAUCCGUCCGUUAUUGCUAUUAAAAUUACGUCAGGAAAAUGAUGGCUCAUCAGUUUUCUAGGAUUUUGGCAAGGCAACUUACGACAUCGGCUGUACAAAAUAAUGCUGCCGCUGCUGCUGCUGCUGCACCGGCAAAGACCAAAUUUGGCCCGUUGAGCGAUGAAGACAGGAUAUUCACAAAUCUUUAUGGUCGGCACGACUGGCGACUGAAGGGAGCCCUCAAGCGAGGGGAUUGGUAUAAAACGAAGGAAAUCCUGCUCAAGGGGUCAGAUUGGAUUAUACAAGAAAUCAAAACAUCAGGCCUCCGAGGUCGGGGUGGGGCUGGAUUCCCGACCGGAAUGAAAUGGAGUUUUAUGAAUAAGCCUGGCGAUGGAAGGCCUAAAUAUUUGGUGGUCAAUGCUGACGAGGGAGAACCAGGAACUUGUAAGGACCGUGAAAUUAUGCGCCAUGACCCACACAAGUUGGUUGAGGGGUGUUUAGUUGCUGGUAGAGCUAUGGGAGCUCGUGCUGCUUAUAUCUAUAUCCGAGGAGAAUUUUAUAACGAAGCAUCGAACAUGCAACUAGCUAUCAAUGAGGCUUAUCAAGCUGGAUUGAUUGGCAAAAAUGCAUGUGGAUCCGGUUACGACUUUGACAUUUUUAUGCAUAGAGGAGCUGGUGCCUAUAUCUGUGGCGAGGAGACUGCGCUUAUUGAAUCACUGGAAGGCAAACAAGGAAAGCCUAGACUGAAGCCCCCAUUUCCUGCUGAUGUUGGAGUGUUUGGUUGUCCGACGACAGUCGCAAACGUUGAAACUGUUGCAGUAGCACCAUCAAUUUGUAGGCGUGGAGGAGAAUGGUUUCUUAGUUUUGGAAGAACGAGAAAUUCUGGAACGAAAUUGUUCAAUAUUUCUGGUCAUGUAAAUUACCCAUGCACAGUCGAAGAAGAAAUGUCGAUUCCGCUCAAGGACCUUAUUGAACGACAUUGCGGAGGAAUUAUUGGUGGUUGGGAUAACUUAUUGGGAGUAAUUCCUGGUGGUUCUUCAACUCCCAUCAUCCCUAAAAGUGUAUGCGACGAUGUACCCAUGGACUUUGACGGAUUAGUAGCUGCGCAGACUGGUCUUGGAACUGCGGCUUUGAUUGUAAUGAACAAGCAGACCGAUGUCAUUAAAGCUAUUCACCGGUUGAUAGAAUUUUAUAAACAUGAAUCAUGUGGACAAUGUACACCAUGUCGUGAAGGGGUGGGAUGGAUGAACAAAAUCAUGGCUAGGUUUGUGAAGGGACAAGCAAAACCUGAGGAAAUUGACAUGUUAUGGGAAAUCAGUAAACAAAUUGAAGGUCAUACUAUUUGUGCUUUGGGAGAUGGUGCAGCCUGGCCGGUUCAGGGGCUAAUUCGCCACUUUAGACCAGUGGUAGAAGAACGCAUGAAGAAAUACGAAGAACAGUCAGCCAAAGCAGCAUCAAGCCGCUAAAACAAUAGAAAAAUAAUUAGCGUAGUCCGAUUAUGUACAUAAAAAUAAUGAUUCUGGAUUGGCGUGAUUAGAGUAAUUUAUCAUGUAAUAAUAAUUUGACUCUGCCAUUUUCAUUGUAUUCGAACCUUAAAGCCAACUACACUAUACACAUUGUUAAAUUUUUGUCGCAGUACCAAAAUAUCAAAUAAAACCCAAGUUCUAGUUUUACGAUGUGUGUAAUCCACAAAAA